AGUCGCCUCCGUGACUUUAGCCCAGCCUUAAUAAUAAUUUUGUUCGCGAAAACUAUCGAUUUGCGAAUAUAAGGUUCCAUAUCAGAUCGUUUCUAUUUAUUUUUUUACAUAACAUAUAUCCGGCUUCGCUAUAAGUUACAGGACACCCUGUAUUUUAAUUUAAAGAAGCAUAACCUGCAAAAAUCAUCUUAUAACUUGACACAGUAGAGCCUCGCUUGACGUAAGGGCAAAAUGGCGGUGAUGGUGGUGAUUUAUGCUUGACGCCCGAGAUACUACUUAAUGGACGUGUUUCUUGAUUAUGGAAAUAAUGUUUUUCGCAAAGCAUCAAAUUAAUUAUUUAUAUAUUUAUGAAUAAAGCUCAUAAUUACUUCAGAUAAAAAUUCAUUUUGGUACGAUAACCACGCGGUUUUUCAAACAACUUUUAUCUUGUUUAUUGUUAUGAAGAGGAUUUAUACUAUGGAUUUUUCAAAUUCGCAUAGUACUGUUCCAAACAAAAUACAACUUUUAGAAACUAAAAAUCCAAUUGAAAUUUCACCGAUCACUUUGACACCAACUAAGGCUCCUGCGGAAGAUUUACUUGCAUUAGCAACAGAAAUACAGAAGGCUGACACUUUUGUCAAAGCAAACGCAAUAAAUAAACUUCAGAUAAUUACAGAAAAUAUAAGAUUUUUGCAAAAGCAAACUGAAAGAAUCUUAUUUGAAGCUAAAGAAAAUGCCAUAUUACACCAUGCUGCUUGUAAUUUUAUUAAGCAUCCCGGUCAUAUUUACCAUUUGUACGAAAAACAAUCUGGAGAAUAUUAUUUUUCCAUGCUUAGUCCCGAAGAAUGGGGAGAAAAUAGUCCUCCUCAAAUAUUCAAAGGAUCUUAUCGAUUAGAAUGCGAUCAAUCAUGGACACCUGUAUCACAAAUUGAAUCCAAAGAUGCAGAAUUGAGUUUUUUAAAUAAAAGUAUAUUAAGAAGUCCGGUUUUAGCAUUAAAUCCUUCAGAUUCAAUGAAUAUAAGUUAAGUGUGUGUUAUUGCUACAGAGUCGUUAGUUGUAAUUAAGAUUUUUUUCGACCGAAUAAAAAAAUAUAUACUUAUAAAUAAAUAAAUACAUAUAUGUUGUAAAUACAUGAAAUCAAAAAAUUAGAAUUAAAUAUAAUAG